AUGUUCCGCCGCCCGGGUGCAGGCCGCUCCAAGGCUUCCGCAGAUACUCUCUGCCAGAAGUGCUUGAAGAGAGGACACUACAGCUACGAGUGCAAGGCGCCCGCGCAGGAACGCCCGUACAAGUCUCGACCGUCCAGGACACAGCAACUACUCAACCCCAAACUGCAGCCUAAACUCACCACCGAGGUGCCCGAGGACCUGCUGCGUAAGAAGGGCGUCGCCGAUGAGAUUCUGAAGAAGAAGGAAGAGGAUCGCAAGCGCGCGCGCUCACUCUCUACGUCGUCUGCCGACUCUGUCUCCACCAUCUCGACCAACCGCUCCCAUUCCCGCUCGCGAUCUCCCCCACGACACAAGCACAACGGACGAAGACAUCAUGGGGACCACGACAAAGCGCUGCGGAAGCGUAGCAGGCGCUCCGUCUCUAUGGACUCGCGCUCCUCACGCGCAUCCGACACUGCAGACAGGAACACAAGGCGGCGCAUGAGCUCCUUCAGUCCUGCCUUCCAGGUCACUCUCGCCACACCACAGCGGUCGCGAUCGCAGCCCGAGUCCCUACUCCAAGCGCAAGCCAGUGCGCCGAUCGCGUAG